AUGAAAGGUGUUGCAUCCAUGAUCUAUGCUGGGAUUGUUGCCGCAGCAGUAUCUCUUUCAGGUGCCAUGGACCUCACUCGGACAGCUCCCCAGGAACUGGCAGCUCAUGGAUAUGAACGGCCCGCUGGCAGCAACUACGGUACCCCAGCAUACAACCACCAUCCAUCAACCAAGGGAGAAUCUGCAAAUUUUCCUAAUACUGCUCAGAUUUCAGGACCAGAGACUACUGUGACUCAACACUAUCAGGGCAACUGGAAGGCCUGUGAUGAUUGUGCUAAGGUGUCGAGCUUAACUAAUCCUCUCGUGACAAGAGUCGUUUGCGGGCAGGUCUGGGCGGCAGCCCAGUCUUGUCAGAGAGGCUUACAUAUUAUUACUCAAAGCUUGCGUGAGGCAGGCAAAAAAUAUGCUUAUACUGAGAUUUCGCUCAAGCCUCUCUGCCAAAUUUGA